UCUCUCUCUCUCUCUCUCUCUCUCUCGAUCUCGAUCUCGAUCUCGAUCUCGAUCGCUUCUCCGGAAGAAAGAAGAGCGAAACAUCCAACUGUAGGAGGAGCGAUCGAUGGAGGCAGGGGCGAGUUCCAGUCGGCGGCAGCGGCAGAGGCCUCACGGAGCCUUCAAGGAGGAGCUAUCGAUGGAGGCAGGGGCGGGUUCCAGGCUGCGGCAGCGGCGGGGGCCUUACGGAGCCUUCAAGGAAGUGGCUGAGCCACUGUUCAGUGUGGGAGCACAGGUCGAGGUCAGCCGGGAAAGCAAGAACUAUGGAGCUGCUUGGCUUGCAGCUACUAUUGUUAGUAUGAUCAGCAAGUCCAUAUUUUUGGUGGAUUGCAAGACCCCGAGAGCUGUCACUGACAGAGAGUUGUCGACGGAGAUUGUUGAUGCUCAACACAUUAGGCCUCCACCUCCCCUUGCAUUAGACGAUGAGGAUUUCAGGUUACAUGAUGUUGUUGAGGUGCUUUACCAUGGCGGGUGGUCGCUAGGAGUUGUUACUCAGAUUUCUAAUGGGUCAAAGUACAUUGUCAAGUUGAAGCAUCAUGAAGAGGAGAUGGAGUUUAAUUGUUUCGAAAUGAGAUCCUGCCAGGUAUGGGAGGAUGGGCAGUGGAUCAGCUAUUCCUCCCAGAGCAUGAAACAAUAUUCACAGGAGGAGUUAAAGACAAGGAAGAGAGGCAGGCCUGCAAAGAAAAGCAUAGAAUCGGAACAAGCAGAAGAUUUGCCUGAGCAAGUUGCUGAAGAAGAACAUGGGAAGAAAGAAAUUGAGCAAUCAAUCAAGUCAUCAUGA